CUCUCUCUCUUUCUUACAGUUUUGUUUUUUUUUUUUUGGUUUGGCUUCUCGCAAUCUGUUGCCAUCAAUCACAGAUAUCCUCAGCUUCUUCUUCUCCUCUCUGGAUUUCUAAACAUUCUUCUUCUUCUUCUUUUCUCAUCAUAUCGCUUCCUUUAACUUAAAAACAACACUUCACUCUCAUAUCGCAAGGAAUGGAUCUAUGGACCCUUGACGUUGCGAUCCGAAACCCUCCCUUCUCCUCUUCCCUUAAAUCAUUACCGAUCCCUGAGAAAUCAUCAUCUGUUUCUGGGAAACUCGGUGAAUUCGACUUUAGGUUCCUGAAGCGCAAUUAUAAAGUUUCUUCUCCGUAUCGUUCUUUGGUUGUUAGAGCUACCUCUAAGAAGAGUAACGACGAUUCUUCUCCUUCUUCUGGCUCGUCGAUUUUGAAGGAAGUGGUUAUUUCGUUUCUGAUUCUUAACGGUUGUGGAGAUGUUUGUUCUUAUCCUGAAGGAGAUGCUUCUCAGGAGAAUAAGCCUUCUUCUAAUGGAAACAAAUCAGGCGAUUCCGCAGCUCCGAAAUCGUUUGGUUUGAGUACAGAUUGGAGAGAGUUCAGAGCAAACUUGUUUAUGAAAGAACAGGAAGAAAAGGCUGAAGCUGAGGGUCAUAUAAUAUCUCAUGAAUCGGAACAGAUAGGCUUGAAAUGGGCUCAUCCGAUUCCUUUUCCUGAGACUGGAUGUGUUCUAGUUGCUACAGAGAAGCUAGAUGGUUAUAGAACAUUUGCGAGAACCGUUGUGCUUCUUCUUAGAGCAGGAACCAGACACCCACAAGAAGGACCGUUUGGAGUUGUUAUCAACCGUCCUCUUCACAAAAACAUCAAGCAUAUGAAAUCGACUAAAACCGAACUCGCUACCACGUUUUCAGAAUGUUCCUUGUACUUUGGUGGACCUCUUGAAGCAAGUAUGUUUCUUUUGAAAACUGGUGAUAAAACCAAGAUACCUGGUUUUGAACAAGUCAUGCCGGGGCUAAACUUUGGUACUCGAAACAGCUUAGAUGAAGCUGCAGUACUUGUAAAGAAAGGAGUUCUUAAGCCACAUGACUUUAGAUUCUUUGUUGGUUAUGCCGGUUGGCAGCUAGAUCAGCUCAGAGAAGAGAUUGAAUCAGAUUACUGGCAUGUUGCUGCGUGCAGCUCUGAUUUAAUAUGUGGGGCUUCGUCGGAAAACUUGUGGGAGGAGAUUUUACAGUUGAUGGGCGGUCAAUACUCCGAGCUUAGCCGGAAACCCAAGCUCGAUAUCUAGACUUUUAUGAAUUUGAUGCUAGUUUUCUAAGAGAACUUGUGGUUUCUAUAGCUUAUAUAUAUAUAUAUUUUCUCUAUUAAGCCAAUUUGUAUAGCUUACUUCAUUGGCUUGUACGUGAGAAUAAUGCACUACUAUGCAAUUUAUAAAGAUUUGCUUUCUCUAAACCCCUAUUUGUAUUCUGCAGUUUAAUAACUAAAGAACAUCUAUAUCUAAUAAAUUGAAGCAGUUGUUCUA